CCGCGGGGAUGCUCGACCACGCCCGCCGCACCCUCGCGGAGCUCCCCUCCCUCGGGUCCUUCUCCACCGCGAUCUCCCUCAACGCCCUCCUCCACCCCCUCAACCGCUCCCCGCGCCUCUCCCCGCGCGUCCCCUCCCUCCUCGCCGAGCUCUCCUCCGCCCACUCCCUCUCCCCCGACCAGGCCUCCUACGGCAUCCUCGUCAAGUCCCUCUGCCUCUCCCCCGGCGGCGCCGCCUCCGCCCUCCCCGUCCUCGCCCAAAUGGCCGAGCGCGGCGUCCCCGCCUCCGCCGUCAUCUACACCACCAUCCUCGACUCCUUCUACAAGGAGCGCCGCCCCGCCGACGCCGAGCGCGUCUGGAACGAGAUGCUCGCCAAGGGCCUCGCCCCCGACCUCCCCGCCUACAACGUCCGCGCCAUGCACCGCGCCCUCCACGGCGACCCCGAGCAAGUGCUCGCCCUCCUCAAAGAGAUGCAAUCGCUCGGCCUCAACCCCGACACCAUCACCUACAACUACCUCAUCGCCUCCUACUGCGCCCACGGGCGAUUCGGCGAGGCGAUGAGGGUGUACAAGGGGUUGGAGGAGAAGGGCUGCGCCCCGAACCACGCCACGUAUAAGAACCUCUUAGCGUCUCUGUGCAAGAACGAGGAAUUCGAAUUGGGGUUGGAGGUGUUCGACGACGGCGUGAAGAGAGGGAAGGUGCCGGACCUGGGGACGGUGAGGAUCCUCGUCGAGGGGCUCAUGCGGGCGGGGAAGGUGCGGGCGGCGAAGAGGGCGGUUACCGGGCUGAGGAAGAAGUUCCCGGAGGAUUUCACGGGCGAAUGGAAGAGCCUCGAGAAGGUGGUCGGUUUGAGUAAGGACGGCGGCGGAGGUUCCGACCCCGCGGCUGGGACUGCAGCUGCAGCUGCAGCUUGAGGUUUGAGCACAACCUGUUUGCUUAAAUGCUUGAAUGAGUGCUCUCCCUUGUUGUUUGCAUUUUGGCAAAUUGUUUUGUAGGUGUACAAUCUCAUUUAUGCUUUCAACAAUAAGUUGGUGGGUCCGCAUUGAACGGUUCUAAUUGAAUUCCGACGGAAAGAAACAUUGGUGUGCUAUUGCUUGGAUUAUGAAUCUUUUGGACGAAAUGUGUACUGAUCGGACUUUUAUUACAUUUGCGAUCUUCAAUUA